UAAGCCAAACCAUUGAGCAGUUCAUGCAAGCACAUCAAAAUGUUCGGUUAUUCAUCUGGUUCUCUGGUCACCUUAGCUCUUUGUUCCAUUCUUUGCCUGAAUGGAAUCGAAGCCAGUCUGAGAUUCCCAGGACCCGCGAGAGCUCGAUCGCUGCCGCUAAUUCUACAAAGACAAGAACAGGCCCCAUAUCCUCCAGCAGGCAUAAUGCCGGAUCCACCAUUUGAGCUUCCCACAGAAGAGGCGGUGGAGUUUCCCCUGCCCGAAGUGACCUAUGGGGCGCCAGCAGGCACCUACGGACCGCCGGCAGUAGUGGAAGAGCCCGUUGAGGCUUACGGCCCACCGGAUCAGGUCUACGGGCCCCCCGGUCAGACCUACGGACCACCUGAGGAACCAGCCAACGAUGGCAGCUCCAACGGCCUGCCACCAAGCGCAGCCAUCAUAGAUUUGGCCAGUCUUCCGCUGCCACCUCAGGCUCAAUAUGUUCUUCCGCUUUUGAAUCGCCUGACUGCCUUCCGCCCGCAGCGUGCGGUUCUACUGACUCCACAGCGUCGUCCUGCCAAUCUCACGGCUCGUCCGCGACCCACUCCCGCUAAGAUUAUGAAUGCUAAUAAAGGAACUCCGGUGUUCCCAUUGACUCCGCUGGCCUUGCCCUUCGUGGAUCGCCGUAUUCCAUUUCGACCGCAGUCAUCACGCCUGAUAGUCAAUGCGCCUUUAAGGCGCCCUUCCAGACACUAGGCCAAACCCACUGUUAUAUACACACACUGUAAAUAAAGUUUGUUGUUUAUGUCUAAUUU